AUGCCGAAGGCGAAGAACAUCAUGGGAACCGCAUUCUCCUCUUCCUGGGGCUCUCUCCCCCCUUUCAGGGAGUUCAUUCUGCCCACACCCCAGACGUACACAACUUUGGUGAACAUCUUCCAGUACUUCCCGGUUUUCACCCUCGUGCAAUGGAUCAUAUCUUGGCACCCAGCAGGCAAGGGCUCCUACCAGAGUUCCUGGCUCAACGUCCCAGGUAAACUCGGCUGGUUCAUCAUGGAAAUCAUCGGACCCGUCAACCUGCUCUACACGCUCUGGAAGCUACCCCCGCUGCUCAACCUCGCCUCGCUGCCGCCGGCCAACAAGCUCGUCGCCGCCCUGUACGUCAUCCACUACAUCAACCGCGCCAUCGUCUCCCCGCUCUUCGCCGCGCCAAGCAUGUCCCCCAUGCAUCUCUCCGUCGUGCUCAUGGCCGUGCUCUUCAACUGGUUCAACUCCGCCUGUCUGGCCGGAUGGCUGGUGGGAUACCACAUCCCCGUGCUCGGGUACACGACCGACGGCGCAGCCGCUGCCGCAGGCCCAAGCAGCAGCACAGACAAUCCCCUGCUGCUGCUGCCCUCCGCCACCCCCUACUCACCCGCCACCCACUUUCUCUCCUCCCUCGGCAUGGUCCUCUUCGCCGCCGGCAUGAUCGGGAACAUCUACUCGGAACGCACCCUCUUCCGGCUCCGCCGCGAAGCAGCCCAGAAGCGCGACGAGCAGCAACCCGCCCCCUCCAACUCCAACGCGCAGGCCUCAUCUCUUCCUCCCAAGGACAACAGUAGCAGCAGCAGCAGCAGCAAGAACAAGUUCUCCAAAGUCUACGUCAUCCCGCCCCCAACCGGCGUCUUCCGCUCCAUCCUCUACCCGCACUAUGUCUUCGAGUGGCUCGAGUGGCUCGGCUUCGCCCUUGUCGGGACAGCCGUGUUCCCCGGCUCGACGGGCCAUGCCUCCGCGUAUGCCUUGCAGGCGGAGUCGGGGUCAGGUUCGGGUCCUCUACGCCUGGCGCCGUGGCUGGUCCCCGCUGCCUGGCUGGCGGAUCAACUGCGCGUGCCGCUGCCGUUGCCGGCGGUGGUGUUUGUGGUGAAUGCCGUGGCGAAUAUGCUGCCGCAUGCGCGCUGGGGGAGGCGGUGGUACGUUGAGAGGUUUGGCGAAGGGGCAGUUGCGGGCCGGGGGGCCGCUGUUCCAUGGUGUUCGUGGCUUUGA